CACGGAAGCGUAAUGCCCUUUAUACAACUAUAAAUGCGGGUUAAUUUGACGACUAAUAUACGGCCAUUACGGAGACGACUAAGCAAGUAAGCAAUAUUGAGUAUCCUGAUUUUGACUUGCAUCUACGAAUAAUUAAAAUACUCGGUUGUAAGGAUUCAGAAGUGCAUCAAAUUACAACUGAGCUCGAAGAAAACAGCGAUGGCAUUUUCAAGAAAUGAUUCUAAAACUGAUGAUGUCUGUUUUGCGGAAUUUAAGAAUGUUCCUAAAGACCUCACUGGACAAGCUCUAACCCUUCAUAGUCACGCUAAUGGACAAGAAACACGACAAAACACGGAAGAAAUUUCUCAUGCUGAAAUCAUAAGCAGGAAUUGCACGUCACAUAUGAAACACGAAAGAACGGGUAAUGUGGAGAUCAAGGUACAGGGAACUGAAAUUUGCAUCAAUGUUUCAGGAUGUGCUGUGGCUCAACUUGGCUCUGAUACCAAAGCAUUGGAAGUGAAGAGCUGCAAAUUGUGCAGCAAGAAUUGUUACAGCUCGUCGGAUGAAGAAUGCGAGGCAUCGGUCGCGUUGAAGAUUUCAGAGGUGCAAGCAGAUAGCCACGCCCAUGUUAACAUGUUGAUUUAUUCACCAAUGCCAGUUAUUCCAAAACGUGGCUGCGUGAACACUUCUCAGUAUUUCUUAAUUAUAACAAAACUGAAAGAACUACAAGAUACAGGCGACUUUGAUGGACAUGAGAAAAUGGUAGAAAAACAGAUGGCGAAAUUGAAGACGGAUACAGACUCUGACAUGGAAAUGAGUCUACAGAUUGAGCGAGCAAUGGCGCUAUAUUUUCAAAACAACAUAAAAGAUGCCAAGAAAAUUUUAAAAAUUGUGGUAAAGCAAGAGAAACAACUGAAAAACCCAGGCAUUCUAGUAGGGCGAGCCUUAAAUCUUCUGACAGCGGUGUACAAGCGUCAAAAGAAAUUUGGUAACGCGAUGGAAUGUGUGGAAAGAGCGCGCACUUGUCUUGAAGGUCAGGACUCGGCGAAUGAUAAAGCGGAGUUACAUCACAGUUAUGGCGCCUUAAUUACAGCUAUACCAGCUGCGAAGGAACCUGAAACUGCCCACGCCACUAAGAAAGAAGCUUACAAAUCUUAUAAAAUGGCGGGCCACUACACAGAGAAUGAUGAAUUUCAAGAGUAUGUUCACGUCAAAAUGGCGGCUUUGCUGCUGGGAUCUCGCUCCAGCGGAGAAAGAAUCGUAGACAAAGAUGAUGUUAUGAAUGCAAAGAAACACCUUGACUUCGUUGAAUCCAAAUUAACUGACAAUGAAUCGUUAGGAACAAGAAUAACAUUUCUUCUUUUGCGAUCUGAUCAGUACCUUUACGAAGACAACGUUGCCAUGGCAAUGGAGAAAGCUCAAGAGGCGAGCGCCCUCAUCCACCAACAUGGAUUCAAGCUUGAAUUUGCUUCUGCCAAAAGCCGUAUUGAUCGCCUGUCCACGAUGAUAUGGCAAGAAAACGAGGAAUGGCGAGAGACGGAGUUCAGCUCCAGCUCGGGUACAAGUGACCAUCUUGCUGAAAGCGAGAGAGCACAUUCCGAUUAGUUUGGCAAAUAAAGAUGCAUUGGAUCAAUCGAUUACAAUUAUUUCCCUUUUAAAGAUAAGGCAAAUCAUUGGAACGAAGCUUGCUCAGGUUGAAAGCCAUACUAUUCCAGUCCAUCAUUUACACAGCCAAUCAGUGUGUGUAGUCCACCAUGAUUGACAGUUAACUUCUUCUUGGCAGCUCUGUUCAUCAAACGCCAAGACGGAGCGCUUUGUUGUGCAUUUGAAAACUUCUGCAUAAGGGAUAAUUAAAACAAUAUAGUAAUAAGAAAAGCAAAUGUAUGUAUCGCUCAGCUUUUAAAGAGACAAAAUGAAGUUCACCUUUAGUAAUAGCGCAACUUUUGGUGGUGGUGGGAUUUGACUAGAUAGUCCCUGAUAUAAAUAAUGACUUCCCCUCUUCAUCAGAAAGUUUUUACCUGACCCCUUCUCGUACCCGUAAAUUUUGGGAUGACCUCCCGCCAUGAAAAUUAAAAAGUUAAAAAUUGUUGCAAUCUGAAAAAUAAAUUAUACCAGUUUCAAGGCAGUUGAAACAGGUUUUGACAAUGCACCAGUUGUUUGGUCAUAGCACCUUGAUCAGAGCUGACAUUGUCUUGACUGUUUUAUGAAAGGAAGCUGCAUGAUGCUUAGUGAAGGUUUGAGUGUGUUUACAGGGCUCAAAGAAGGGGGAGCCGGGACAUGCUCCCCCGGGAAAUAUUGUGUUUUCAGAACUUCAAGAACGUUAUUUUAGGCAUUCUGGCCGAACUUUUGCACUAGAAUAUUUUUAGAUGCUCUCAUCACAACAACCAUAUUCAAAUAGAAAUAGACAAAGCCUGAAAGAAAAGCUGACGUUGCCUUUUUUAAGGGAGGUCACUUGUGGAGGUUCAGCUAUAUUUAGCAACCAAAUUCUUAAGUGAGGUUAAGUGAGGGCAAGUUUCCAGGGAAAAUUUGAAUUUUCCGAGCCCCCAGGAACGCUAGUUAUUUUAGGUAUUCUGGCAGAAUGUUUGCACUAUUAUAGAUGCUGUCAUUACAACACUUAUGUUAUACCUACUAUUUACUGUUCAUUUUCUAUUGUUAUUCUUGUAAACUGAAGAUUGAUGAUGUUUCAUCCGAAACGUGUCAUGUAAAUACAAUAUGAGUUUUAAACACAUCGUGUGGCACCUGAAAGCAAUAUAUACCUAUAAUCAAGUAAAAAUAGACAAAAGCAUGGCAAAAAGCUUACGUCGCC